GCUCAUAAUAACCCAAAAUUUAACCACCGGCUUGCAAACCAUUAAAUUACAUCAAACGUAGCCGGAAAAAAAGCUCUGAUGGCCGGAGGGUCGCCGGAAGGUCAGGAACCCCUAUAAUUCCGCCGAUGUUCGUGUUUAAUAUCUCCGUUCGAUUUAUCAACUUAGGUAUAAAAAUGAAUGUAUGAUCAUUUUCUUUCAAAACAUCAUGUCCCUCACAGAACACUUUUGCCUCAAAAUCUUGGACAAGUGCCCAGAUAUCCAACAGUUGAGAAGAAUACACUGCAGGUUAAUUAUUGCUGGAAACCUCGCCUCAGCUUCGCAUGUUGCUCUUAAAUUAAUGAAAGCUUAUUCCGAAUGUCGCCAAAUCACAGUCACCCGCCAACUGUUCGACGAAUUUCCUCAAAAAGAUGUUGUCUUUUUUAAUGUCAUGAUUAGAAGCUACGUAAACAAUAAACUCUUUGAAAGAGCACUUCAUAUGUACAGAAGCAUGAACAGAAUUCACAUUUUUCCAGAUCAUUUCACAGUUCCUCAAGUUCUAAAAGCAUGCUCCGGGUCUGAGAAUUUGUGGGUCGGGUUGCAAACCCAUGUUUCUGUUUUUAAGAAGGGUCUGCAUUCAAAUCUUUAUGUAGGGAAUGGCUUGAUUACAAUGUAUGGGAAAUGUAAUCGGUUGUUGGAAGCUCGCAAGGUGUUCGAUGAAAUGCCUGGGAGAGAUGUUGUGUCAUGGAACUCGUUGGUUGCUGCGUACGCUCAGAACGGGAUGUUUCAUGAUGCGUUAGAGGUUUGUAGGACGAUGGUACAUUCGUCUAGCUUGAAGCCGAAUGCGGGCACGAUGGCUAGCCUUUCACCUGCUGUAACAUGUUCGACUUCGUCGGACAACUUAAUAUUUAUGAAGGAAAUGUUUAUGAACCACGCUCGAGAUAGUUUAGUUUCUUGGAAUGUAAUGAUAGCUGUGUAUGUUAAUAAUUCUAUGCCUGCAGAUGCGGUUAAUCUUUAUCUGGAAAUGGAAAGUUGCGGGGUUGACCCUGAUUCAAUCACGGUUGCUAGUGUCCUACCUGCUUGUGGGGAUCUUUCGGCUUUAUCGCUAGGAAGAAAGAUUCACGAAUAUGUAAAAAGGAAGAGGCUUCUUCCAAAUCUAACACUAGAGAAUGCCUUGAUUGAUAUGUAUGCCAAAUGUGGAUCUUUACACGACGCACGGAAGGUGUUUGACGAAAUGCAAACCCGAGAUGUUGUGUCAUGGACUUCUAUGGUUUCUGCUUAUGGCAUGACUGGUGACGGUCAAACUGCUGUAACCAUCUUUUCUGAUAUGCAGCGAUCGGGUCUCACCCCUGAUUCCAUUUCAUUUGUUCCGGUCCUAUCCGCCUGCAGCCAUGCUGGAUUAUUAGAUCAAGGAAAGCGAUUUUUCAAGCUAAUGACGGAUGAAUAUAAAAUCGUCCCAAGACUUGAACACUUUGCGUGUAUGGUUGAUUUGUUAGGACGUUCGGGGAGAAUCAAUGAAGCUUACGAAUUUGUUAAGAAUAUGAAAAUGGAACCAAAUGACAGAAUAUGGGGCGCGUUAUUGAGUGCGUGUAAAGUUCAUUCUAACACGGACAUUGGUCUUGUUGCAGCAGAUCAUCUAUUUCAAUUGGUUCCUGAACAAGCUGGAUAUUAUGUUUUGUUGUCAAAUAUAUAUGCGAAAGCGGGUAGAUGGAAAGACGUGACGACUAUCCGAUCAAGCAUGAAAGUCAAAGGAGUCAAAAAGGAGCCCGGUGUUAGUAAUGUUGAGCUUAACAAUCAAGUUCACUCAUUUCUUGCUGGUGAUCAAUCACAUCCACAGUCGAAACAGAUCUACGAAGAAUUAGAUAUAAUUGUAGGGAAAAUGAGAGAAUUAGGCUAUGUACCUGAGACAGAUUCUGCACUUCAUGACAUCGAGGAUGAAGAUAAAGGGAACCAUCUUGCGGUUCAUAGUGAAAAGCUUGCUAUUGUGUUUGUUAUCAUAAAUACCGAACCUUUUACGCCUAUUAGAAUCACCAAGAAUCUACGCGUUUGUGAAGAUUGUCAUAUUGCUGCUAAGCUCAUUUCCAAGAUUGCCGAACGAGAAAUUAUUCUUCGGGAUACAAAUCGAUUUCAUCAUUUUAAGAAUGGUUUUUGCUCGUGUGGCGACUAUUGGUGAGAUAGCAAGUAUUAAACCACAACUACUGAUAUGGUUUUAUGAAUGAUUUGUUUUACAUCAAUUUAUAUAAUCAGAACAUGCAAAAUUA